AUGGAGCCCCCCGUCGUCUCCUUCUACGGCGCCGAGCCGAUCCCGCUGCCGUCGCGCUUCGCCGGCGUCAAGAAGCGGCUCAUCGCCGGCCACGAGGCGGCGGUCGAGGCGUCGUGGCGUCGUCUGCUCGACGCCAUGCGCGUCGAGAUGGCCGACAUCCAGGCGCGCGGCUCCGAGCUCAUCCCGUCCAUCGCCUUCGCCGACAUCAACGACCCCGUCCGCGUCGAGGCCUUUGCGCACCGGCUCCGGCGCUACGGCGUCGCCGUCAUCCGCGGCGUCGUCUCGCCCGAGGACGCCCGGAGCUGGGUCGGCGAGACGCACGACUACCUCGAGCGCAACCGCGAGUUCAAGCCGCCGGCGCUGCACGACCCGACCUGCAUCGACCUCUUCUGGACGCCGGUCCAGGUGCGCGCCCGCGCCCACCCCAACAUGCUGCGCGCCCAGAAGUUCGCCAUGUCCUUCUGGGAGUCGACCGACGACCUGCACAUCACCCGCGCCCCCGUCAGCUACGCCGACCGCCUGCGCAUCCACAACGACAAGCUCGGCGCCGUCGGCGGCCAGCAGAACGGCAACUCGGCCGCCGACUCCAUCGGCGCCGCCGCCUCCGCCACCGUCAUCGCCCAGAUCGACAGCGGGAGCCUCGAGCGCUGGGAGCCCGACGGCUACGGCCGCGGCGGCACCUACGAGGCCGUCUUCCGCGGCGACUGGGAGUCCUACGACCCCUGGGACCCGGCCGGCCGCGUCGGCGCCACCACCGACCUCUACAACGGCGCCGGCGCCUGCAGCGUCUUCCGCAUGUUCCAGGGCAUCCUCGCCCUCACAAAGGUCGAGCAGGGCAUGGUGCGCGUGCUGCCCUCGCCCAAGCUCGUCGCCGCCUACUUCCUCCUGCGGCCCUUCUUCUCCCCGAGGCGCGGUCCCCCCGAGCAGCCGGACGGCGGCAAGGCCGACCAGUGGGCCGCCUACCUCGACGCCUCCAACUGGGCCCUCGACCCGGAGCCCAACACCAUCAUCCACGGCGCCGUCCCCGGGCACGCCCAGCGCCUCACCGAGCGCUGGCACCCGCACCUGCACCUCCGCCGGAGCCUCGUCUCCCUGCCCAGCAUGCAGGCCGGCGACUACGUCAUCUGGCACUGCGACCAGGCCUACUCCAUCAUCACCGGCGGCACCCGCCUCGGCGUGCCCCCCUCGCUGCAGAACGAGUCGACCGAGCUCUCCCUGCUGACCUACACCCCCGUGUGCCCCCUGACCCAGACCAACGCCCUCUUCCUCGCCCGCCAGCGCAAGGCCUUCCAGACCGGCCAGCCGGGGCCCGACUUUGACACCCUCGGCGGCCUGGGCAGCGAGGCCUCGCACCAGGACCGGCCCAGCGCCAAGGAGGUCGAGGAGUACGGCGGCGUCGACGGCCUGCGCGCCAUGGGCCUGGCCCCCUACGACGUCGAGCCGGCGGGGGUGUUGUCGGCCAAGCACAGCCAUCAUCACCACAAUCACCACCGUUACGACGCGGACGACGCCAUGGAUGUCGACGUCGACGCCGACGACGAAGAGGGCAUCAGGAACAAGACCAAGACCGAGGCCGAGACGGAGCUGCUGCGGCUCGCCAACAUCAUCCUGUUCCCGAGCCGCUACGACUUUUAUAUCCCGACGAGCGGCACGAGGAGCAGCGGCGACCGUACUCCGCGCGCGACGGCGGCGACGGCGACGGCGACAGCGACAGCGACGGCAAAGACGGGGUCUGCGGGCACGACGCCCAAGACGACCGUGAACGGUAACAAGAGCUGA